AUUACUAAAGGGAUUAGAUUGUGGGCUAGAAGUAUUUAAUUAAGUAUUAUACGUAAUUUACGCAACAGUAAAAUGACCGAAAUAUGUGAACCGCUGACCCUGGCCAGAGACGUCAAGAGGUCUAUAGAGCUAUUAGAAAAACUUCAGGCCAGCGGAGACUUUCCCACAACAAAAUUGGCUGCACUACAAAAAGUUCUUAAUUCUGAUUUCUUGAACUCUGUUCGUGAAGUCUAUGAACAUGUUUAUGAAACUGUUGAUAUACAAGGCUCACACGAUGUUAGGGCGUCUGCAACAGCUAAAGCAACUGUGGCUGCCUUUGCUGCCAGCGAAGGCCAUGCCCAUCCUCGAGUGGUUGAAUUGCCUAAAACUGAGGAAGGAUUGGGCUUCAAUGUGAUGGGAGGCAAGGAACAAAAUUCUCCCAUUUAUAUCUCUCGAAUUAUCCCAGGUGGUGUUGCUGAUAGACAUGGAGGAUUAAAAAGAGGAGAUCAGCUGCUUUCCGUUAACGGAGUGUCUGUUGAAGGCGAAAAUCACGAGAGAGCGGUUGAAUUAUUAAAGCAAGCGAUUGGCUCCGUAAAACUUGUUGUACGCUAUACGCCUAAAGUUCUUGAAGAAAUGGAAAUGCGUUUUGACAAACAACGUAAUACCCGUCGUCGUCAAUAAAAUUUAUAAUUUAUGCAUUACCUUAACGAAUAUUACAAUAUGAUUUAUGAAUCUCAUAUAAAUGAUAAAAUUCGUUCGGCCAUUACGAGAACUAUUGCCUAUUAAUCCAAAUGGAGUGAAUGGAUGUUUACGAGAAUUUCUACAAUAUGGAAUGCUUAAAGUCUUGGGUUAUUCGCGUUAUUCUUCACGAAUAUUUCGAUGUAACGUUUCCCUUUUGAAGUACUUAUUUUGGUGCCUAAUAUUUUAUUCGUUGAAAUACAAAAUUUGGAAAGUAUUAAAAACAACUGCCAUGCAACAACUCUA